AUGGGGCUGCUGGACAAACUAUCUGGCUGGCUUGGCCUGAGGAAGAAAGAGGUCAACAUUUUGUGUUUGGGACUGGACAACAGCGGCAAAACCACAAUCAUCAACCAGCUUAAACCUGCCAAUAAUUCGAAUCAUUUAGGCCCAUUUUCAGAAGAGUGGAGACAUGUUAGCCAGACUCCAGCUCAAGAAAUAGUCCCAACAAUUGGCUUCAACAUUGAAAAGUUCAAGAGUUCAAGCCUGUCCUUUACGGUCUUUGAUAUGUCUGGGCAGGGAAGAUACAGAAACCUAUGGGAGCAUUACUACAAGGAAAGCCAUGCCAUCAUAUUUGUCAUUGACAGCGGUGACAAACUGAGAAUGGUUGUUGCCAAAGAGGAGCUAGAUAAUAUUCUCAAUCAUGAAGAUAUCCGCUGCAGAAAGAUACCCGUGUUGUUUUUUGCAAACAAGAUGGAUCUGAAGGAUGCCGUGUCUUCUGUGAAGGUCACACAGAUGUUGUGCUUAGAAAACAUCAAGGACAAACCCUGGCAUAUCUGCCCUAGCAACGCCAUCAAAGGAGAGGGUUUACAGGAAGGGCUGGACUGGCUACAAGAUUAUGUCAAAACAAUGAAAAUUUGAAUAAUUAAAAUGCCUCCCACCAUGGAGUUGAUGUGGCCACAAUUAAUGGAUCUCAAUCACCACCUGACUAUUCAUCACUCUUGAUGUUGUAGGCCUUAAACUUGAAUAUGAAAUAACCUAGUAUUACCUGUGUGUGCUUGAACUCAUUUAUAGCGCCCGUCAGUUCAUCUAUACUGAGACAUACUGUAUGUGAAAGCAGUUUGAAUAACAUGCUAAGGCAAAAUGUCCUUAAUAUUGUUCCUAUAUAAUGUUACAAGUAAAUGUCUUUAUUCAAAGCUGCUACUUUUUUUAUUCUGUGACAGAAAUGUAUCAAAUUACUUUAAUCAAUUGAACUUUUUUUUGAAACAGUGUUCAGGGCUGAUUGUUUGACCGCCCAGAGGACAAUAAAAACUUGUUUGCUAAGUGCA